AUGACAGCUUCAUCAAAGAACCCUUCAGCCUUGGAAGAAGGUAUUGCACUCUAUACUCCCUUUCUUCUCCGCUACUUCUACGAUUUCUGGGUUCUAUGGGUUUCCAACAACUUUGCAUGGAAAUGCCCAACCUCAACCGUUCAACUCCCAUUGUUUAAUGCCGCCAUGGGCCAGAGCCACCUAGACAUUGGCGUCGGAACAGGUUAUUAUCCAGCAAAGAGCCUAAAGGCCGGUGCCAAAUGCACUGAGAUCACCCUCCUAGACCUCAGUCCCAACUCGCUCCAGGCUGCCGAGAAGCGUAUCCUGGAGACGGUAGGCCGUGAGGCGGUGCGCGUGAAUACCGUCGUGGCCUCGGCCCUGGAGCCACUGCCCUUCGACAAGACCAAGAAAUUCAACUCGAUUAGUGUCUUCUUCUUGUUGCAUUGCAUUCCGGGAACACCUGAAGAGAAGUGCAAGUUGUUCGACGUGGUGCGGCCGCAUCUGGCGGAGGACGGCGUUCUUGUGGGGACGACGGUCCUUGGUCAGGGUGUACCAAUCAACUGGCUGGGGCAGAAGAUGAUGAACAGCUAUAACAACAACACAAAGUCUUUCCAUAAUUCGGAGGACAACAAGGCUCAGUUUGAUGAGGGACUUCGUCAAAAUUUUGAGGAGGUGGAGUCAUGGGUUAUGGGUCAGGUUAUGCUCUUCAAGGCGAGAAAGCCAAGACAACAGGAUGAUGUUACCAAUGUUGUUCCGAAAGGGGACUUGGAUUGAUGGGGAUCAUCAUGAAGCUGUCGAGUUAGUUAGUUUGUUGAAUAACUAAAGGAGGAGGGAGGGGGAAUGGCA